UCGAGUUAACAAAAAGGGCCAUUCUUUCGUUGUAUUUAUUCUUCACAGCCAGAGAAAAGAUGUCUUCUUCGCGUAAGUCGGAGGACGAAGACACUUCACCAAGCGACGAAGCGCUUGAGGAAGUGAACAAUCACAUCAAAGAAGCAUUCGAGAUAUUGAAACGCGAGACGAAGAAGGUUCGCAUGGAAAAGGAAGCUCUUGACGAGGCAGCCAAGAAACUCGAGCACGUUCAUUUCUCGACAAUGUUAAAGCUUAAUGUUGGCGGACACCUUUUUUCGACCAGUCUGGCAACCCUGAAUAAAGAUCCAGGUUCGAUGCUACACGCCAUGUUUUCAGGGAGAUUUGACACAAAGCCAAGCGAGGAUGGAUCUUACUUCAUUGAUCGUGACGGAACUCACUUCCGGUAUAUCCUGAACUAUCUUCGCACUGGGCAGCUUGUAGUGCCUGAAGACAAGGUUGUUCGAAGAGAGCUGUUAACCGAAGCUGAAUUUUACCAAGUUGAAGGAAUAAUCAAUGAGCUGAAAGCAAGGCCCUUCAAGGAUUCAUCGAUCCUGUCAUCAGAUCAGCAGCAGGCCUUGAUCAAGUUGCUGAAGGAGACACUCACAAGUGGCAGCUGCGAUUAUGCCUUGAUAUACCGCGCCUCCCGCAAUGGCUGGGCUGCUGCCAACUUUCACUCCUGUUGUGACAAAAAGGGACCUACAGUAACAGUGGUCAAGUAUGGAAAUUACAUAUUUGGAGGCUACACUGAGGAAUCAUGGGAGAGUGGUUCUGGAGUUUACCGGAAAGCACCAGGCUCAUUUCUGUUCAGCCUUGUCAACCCAAGUGGUCUGCCACCAACAAAGAUGCCUUUGAUAGCUGGAAAAGAAUAUGCUAUCUAUUGCAACAGUAGCUAUGGACCAACAUUCAGUGGAGGAGGCGCUGCCAAUGAUCUUUAUAUUCCCAAUGCACCAAAUUCAUACAACUGCUCCGUAAGUCUGAACAACACCUACCAGUGUCCAACCGGUCAGAAUGCCACCACAUUUUUGACAGGAAAUCAAAACUUUACAAUCAAUGAAAUGGAAGUUUUUGUGUUUGAGAAAUAACUGAAGAUUAUACUGUGUAACUGAACUGAAAUAUGGUGGUUUCAACAACGACUACAGCUUAGCUGAUUUUCUUUUACAUGUAAGACUUAAUAAUUGAUCAGUUAGUAUUUAAAAACGUUGUCAGCACACAGAAAGGACAGGUUACAUAGGAUGAUCAAUUUAAGUCAGCAAAAUUGUGUAAAAUCAGUUUAGCUGUAUUUUUCUUUCAUUUAGAUGUUAAAACUCAGGUAUUUUUGUUGCUUUAACAAAAACAAGGGAAUAAACAGAAAAAACU